AUGUCACGACUUACCCAAACCAUCACAGAUGUGGACACUGUGUCUGAGUGUUCCAUCGGGACCGCACCAGGCACACUCACAAUCACAGGCACGGCCGCCUUUACAACAACACAUGAAGCAGAGCGCGUGGUAGUGCAGCCCCAAGUCACAGUUGUCGUAAUUGACACUGCUUCUGUGAGCUGCCAGCGGUAUUUCCGGUGCAACUUGACUCUGCAUCCGAACCCAGAUAUUUCCGGUAUUGGUGUCAUCACGGCUUUCUUGGUGUCGGCCUAUUUCGUCCUCGGCCUGGUACUCUGGGCUUACUGGUACGGGGUGUUGCCGCAAUAUGUCGUGCGUCGAAGCGACCGCCGGCUGUUCCUUGCCCGCCAGAAGCAGCCCUAUCACCGCGGGAGGCGGAUGUUAGAGGAGGUCCUUCUCAUUUUCAGCGAUCAGCAACUGCUCACCGGCCUCGGUAUUCUCAUCGCGGGCUAUACUCAGAUGGGCUACUUCGACCUCAGCAAGUACAACUGGAACACCGUCAUCUAUCUUGCAUGGCUCAGCUCGACGGUGCAUCUAAUGUCACUCUCCGUCCUCCACGAGCGACUCAAGCGGAAUCACGCGUCUAGGCUUGUUCGAGUGGGUGCCAUUGCCCUUGUAUUCGCCCUUCUUGUCGGAGCGCUGGUCCCCACAGGCUCGUCCGCCUGGUAUAAGUUGAGCGGCGCCAUACCCGUUCGGUGUUUUUGGGACGCCAGCCGGAGUUUCUCGGGCACAGAGAUGCGUCUCUCUCAGAACGGAGACUCACUCCUCUCGUUUCUCACUCUCAUCAGUGCUUUUGUGUGGAAACUGUGCCAGUUCUUCGACGGGAGCCGUAAGCAGGCCAAAUACAAGAUCAUAGCAUCGUUCUAUGUGUCGUUUGUGGCCUUGAUGGAACUCCUCGACUCCUUCAUGAUGACUAUUGGAAUGCUUGCUUGCGCAUUGGCUUGGGGGACUGUUCAACUCCUGUCGUUCCGACACGGGCCCAAGGAAGAUCAUGGCAUGGGAAUGGGAAGCACAACGGUAGAUCUUGACGCUGAAAGGGAGAUGGGAUUUGGACAGAUGCUCCCUCUUCUGCUACUGACUCAACCCUUGCUGGCCGUUUUGGAAAUAUCUAUCGCGGAAAGAAAGCCUCCGACGCCGUCUUACGAAAUGGUCCAUGCGACCGCCGGUGCAGUGGAAACUGUUCCCGUUGAGUAG